AUGGCGGACCGGCGGCGCGCGUGGAACACGGAGGACGACCUGCCCGUGUACCUGGCGCGGCCGGGCAGCGCGGCGCAGACCCCGCGCCAGAAGUACGGCGGCAUGUUCGCCGCGGUGGAGGGCGCCUACGAGAAUAAGACCAUCGACUUCGACGCGUACAGCGUGGGCCGCCGCGGCUCCGCGCGCACACCGCGCAGUGCGGGCCGGCUUGACGCGGUCGGCCUGCCGGGGCCCGGAGGCAGCGAGGACACGGCCAGCGACGUGAGCGAUCCCUCGGGCUCGGCAGUCAGUUCGCCGGGCGAGCGCGACGAGCGACCGCCUGCGCUGCGCAUCCGCUGCCCCGCGCCCCGCGCCCUGCCACUCGGCCGGGACAAUGGCCAGAGUGACCGACUCCUCAUCAAGGGUGGACGAAUCAUCAACGAUGACCAGUCCUUCUAUGCCGACGUCUACCUGGAAGAUGGACUCAUAAAGCAAAUAGGAGAGAACUUAAUUGUUCCCGGUGGAGUGAAGACCAUUGAGGCCAAUGGGCGGAUGGUUAUUCCGGGAGGUAUCGAUGUCAACACGUACCUGCAAAAGCCCUCCCAGGGGAUGACAGCCGCUGAUGACUUCUUCCAAGGGACCAAGGCAGCACUGGCAGGAGGGACCACAAUGAUCAUUGACCAUGUUGUCCCUGAACCUGGGUCCAGCCUGCUGACCUCCUUCGAGAAAUGGCACGAAGCGGCAGACACUAAGUCCUGCUGCGACUACUCCCUCCACGUGGACAUCACCAGCUGGUACGAUGGUGUUAGGGAGGAGCUCGAGGUGCUGGCGCAGGACAAAGGUGUCAAUUCCUUCCAAGUCUACAUGGCCUAUAAGGAUCUCUACCAAAUGUCCGACAGCCAGCUCUACGAAGCCUUCACCUUCCUUAAGGGGCUGGGAGCUGUGAUCUUGGUCCACGCAGAAAAUGGAGAUUUGAUAGCUCAGGAACAAAAGCGGAUCUUAGAGAUGGGCAUCACGGGUCCUGAGGGCCAUGCUCUGAGCAGACCUGAAGAGCUGGAGGCCGAGGCCGUGUUCCGAGCCAUCACCAUCGCGGGUCGGAUCAACUGCCCUGUGUACAUCACCAAGGUGAUGAGCAAGAGCGCAGCGGACAUCAUCACCCUGGCCAGGAAGAAAGGCCCCCUCGUUUUUGGCGAACCCAUCGCUGCCAGUCUGGGGACGGAUGGCACGCAUUACUGGAGCAAGAACUGGGCCAAGGCGGCGGCCUUCGUGACCUCCCCUCCCCUGAGCCCGGACCCCACCACGCCCGACUACCUGACCUCCCUGCUGGCCUGUGGAGACCUGCAGGUCACAGGCAGCGGCCACUGUCCCUACAGCACUGCCCAGAAGGCAGUGGGCAAGGACAACUUCACUCUGAUCCCUGAGGGCGUCAACGGGAUAGAGGAGCGGAUGACCGUGGUCUGGGACAAGGCAGUGGCAACUGGCAAAAUGGAUGAGAACCAGUUUGUUGCUGUUACCAGCACGAAUGCAGCCAAGAUCUUUAACCUGUACCCCAGAAAAGGGCGGAUUGCCGUGGGCUCGGACGCCGACGUGGUCAUCUGGGACCCUGACAAGGUGAAGACCAUAACAGCCAAGAGUCACAAGUCGGCUGUGGAGUACAACAUCUUCGAAGGCAUGGAGUGCCACGGCUCCCCGUUGGUGGUCAUCAGCCAGGGCAAGAUCGUCUUUGAGGACGGCAAUGUCAAGGUCAACAAGGGCGUGGGCCGCUUCAUCCCGAGGAAGCCCUUCCCCGAGUACCUCUACCAGCGCGUCAGGAUCAGGAACAAGGUUUCUGGGUUGCAAGGGGUUCCCAGGGGCAUGUAUGACGGUCCUGUGUAUGAGGUGCCAGCCACACCCAAAUAUGCAACUCCUGCUCCUUCUGUCAAGUCCUCGCCUUCCAAACACCAGCCUCCACCGAUCAGAAACCUCCACCAGUCCAACUUCAGUUUAUCAGGUGCCCAGAUAGAUGACAACAACCCCCGGCGCACCGGCCACCGCAUCGUGGCACCCCCUGGUGGCCGCUCCAACAUCACCAGCCUCGGGUGA